GUCAUCCACCGCGACAUCAAACCUGAGAACAUUCUACUGGACGCGUCCCUACACGCGCGCCUCGCGGACUUCGGCCUCGCCAAGUGGCUGUCCGCGGGCGCCCGCACGAACACCCUGUGUGGGACCUUGAAGUAUAUGGUGGCAGCGCUGUGGUAGCGGCGACCAUGGACUGACGGCGGCGCCAUGAACGCGCGCAGCAUCACGUUCGAGCUGGCCAUGGAGGGCCGGCAGGUGGACGAGGUCGUGGCCAGCAUCUUCCACACCGUGCUGUUCCACCGCUCCUGCGGCAAGUUCACCUACAACAGCGAGGAGAGCUACUCCAUACGCACCGUCAGCUACGUCGAUGUCGACUGCGAUUUCAUAGACUUCACUUACGUUUGCUGCGCGUCCGACGCGCUAGGCAGAGAGGUUCGCAGAGAGAUAUCAGACUUUUCAGAGCUGUUGCGGGCAGCCGACGCGGCGGCAGGAAGCAUUAGUCUGGAGUUCUUCCAGAAGCGGCGCGCCCGAUGGCCCUUCCAGCCCGAGUGCGUGCCGUGGGAGGUGUGGACCGUGUGCUGCGAGCUGGCCGACCACCGCGCCGACGACCCCAAGCACGAGAGCGUCGUCGAGAUGCUGCAAGACAAGAUAGUCUUCAUCACAGAGAUCAUCAACCGCCACGAGUAUGUGCCGAAGAUGCCGAGUCGGUCGGACGUGGAUCUGAUAUUUGAUACGUCGUACGGGGACAUACAGCCGUACCUGUUCAAGGUGCACUACAGCCUGGCGGGCGCGCCGUCGUCGUCGGUGGGCAACACUGUCAGGAAACUCAUCCGGGAUACGCUCGCCUUGUGAUUUGUCGGCGACAGUAACAGUCGAGGAUCUUUCCAUCGAUUUUGCAGCCCUGUAGAACUUGAUUGUUGUAGUCCCUUGCUGUAUAAACAAACCAAGCUGAGGCUUGCAAGCGAUUUCUAUGGGAACUGUCGGUGUCAUGUUUUGAUGUAUCAAUGUGUUUAUACUUAUAAUUUUACUAAAUUUUCAUAGCGAAACACCCGGAAUGUCCCGGCGAUAUAUCGGGUGUGCACUUGCUCGAUUUUAAUGAAGCUAAUCUGUAUUUUCGUACUUACAAACACUUUGACAAUAAGACUCCGUUUGGGUAAAAGAUAUACAUUUUGAUAAUUAGCACAAAAAUAUCUAGCUACACUUACACUAACUUUUUGUAUUUAGUCUGGAUGUUGUGUUUACUUAAUUUCAUGGUUACCUGAUUUCUGUACUGUAACUUUUGUCUCUAUAAUUGAAGUUCGAUUGCCUAAAAAUAUAUUUUUAAUUGAUUAAUUUAUCUGUUGUAUUAUUGUUAUAUGGUUAAAGUUAGAGCUUUAGUUGGUAAUUUCUAGUAAUUACUUUGAGAGCUAGGUCUCAUAAGGCUGGUUGACGUGUCCACUCAUUUAUAUGAUUUAAGGUUUGAAUUUAUCAUUUAAGCUACGGUAUUGCGUUAUUAAUUAAUAGCGCAUUAGUUUUUUCAUUCUCAUUCUGUCGCUACCAGAAUUACGGCUAUUAUUUGUGUAAGACGCAAAAUAUAAGUAAUACUUAUACUGGUAUUUGGCCGAGAAGGAAGUUCUAAGAAUUUAUACUUAAUCUUAAAUAACGCUCUUCUUAAUGUUUCGCAAAUUUAAAAUAUACGUAUAUAUGUGUGUGUACAUAGAUUUUACAAGUAGUUUCACUUUAAGAUGUCAUUAAUAAUAUGACCAUAAGGUAAUAAUAUAUUAUGUAAUUUUUACCUUUUGUCGAUGAAUAACUUUAUAAUAAUUAUAAUUUAUAAGUAAGUACGUAAGUUUAUAAAACAUUCGUUUUAUUUAAGGUGGUAUGGCCUGCUCGACAGUUAAUUUAAGAAAUUUUAUGGUGAUCAGUGAUUAGGCCUUCGCCUUAAAUAAGAUAUUUUUCUCUACACACUAUGACUUUAGUGAUAGUUCUUUGGCAUAGUUGUUGUAUAAAAUAUACGCGAUUUUUUGUGUGCUGUUUGAACAUUUGAGAAUAUAUUAAGAAUGGGUGUCAGAUUUGUAUUGUGCAGUUAUUUGUACAGAUAGUAUGACGUGACUUGCGCAGAGUGUCUACAAUUCAUUGUACAUAUUUUAUCGAUUAUGUUAGCUAUGAUAUGGCAACUAGUUGUAAAACAGUUUUUUUUACUAAGAUUGUAUUUCUUUUAGUUAGGUGUAAAUAACUACGAAUUUUCUCAUUUUUAUCGUGUAAUAAAGCGAAGAUUGCAAUUGAGAGCUUUAUAUUAAGGUUAUAAUAUAUAUUAACGAUUCAAUUUAUACAUUACGAGUAAGUAGUGCUCUUAAGUGAUUAGCGUAGCGAUGGUGCAUGGAAUUUCUCAUAGUAUGUAAUUUAACAUAGUUAUAAACAUUUCGACGCGUGUAAAAUUAUUAUUAGCCUGUGUAUUUUAUAUGUGCACUGUUCAAAAUGAUGCCGAUGUGAUGUUUUGUGUGUAGUGUGCGUUCGUAGCGGCUCUUGUCACUAUACUUACUGUUUUCAAAGAUUUUAUAAAAUCGCCUAUUAGCAAACUUGAUAAAAAAUGUCUUAUGGAAGUUUAUUUCAUAAUAUUUCUAUCUCCGACGGAGCUGCAUGCCAACAUGGCACUGAUUUCGUGACUACGAAAUGAAUCCAUCCAAUAUUAAACUUCUCAUGUUUUACUUCCCUACCUCAAUGUGUGAACUAGGUUUAAUGAUCGAUGUACCAAUAUGCUGUCUCGUGGGAGACCUCCUAGCUAAGAAACUUCAGUAAUCGAUGUAGAACCAGCACUAAUCAUAGGUCACUAUAUAACUGUAACUAUCCACCAAAGAGAUGACUGUUCCGGAAACAGCUCUUCAUAUCUGAUACAAAUAAUCUUCGCUUCACUCGCUGUGUACAAAUAUGCUUGAUAGACAAAAUGUAUCUCAUAUCAUUACGGACGUACCUUCUCUUGUAUUCUCAAGUCCAAUUUUGAGUUAAGUUUUCUUUUGAGCGGCUAGAGAAGCGACUCUGAGGAAUGCUCAACUGAGAAUUGGACAUAAGAACAGUGUUAUGUAUUUUCUGAAUUUUAACAGGCUAUUUUGGAUAAGAGUGAUUUGUUUAAAUAACUUGUAAAAAUGAUUUAGAAAUGUGUAAACUCACCAUGGCCUUAUUUGAAAGAAAAUUUAAAAUGCAUUAUCUUGAAGCGUGUAUAAUAAAUGGCUGUUACAUAUUAGAUUUUAUGAUUAUAAUGAGGAGACGUGAGGUAUAUGUUGUGAUCAAUAGUUCAAAAAUAAGAAAAAAAGAAUUGUCUUGUGAUAAUUUAUAUAAAAAUUUAAUAAACGAUAAAAGUAUUA